UCAAUCUCCAGUAUCGGAUGGUACUAACAACCAGCAAGAUACAGAUACAUCGAAAGCAGAGGAAUUAACCCGGGGAGGAAAUCUGUUCAAUGUUGGAUUUACUGUACAGGGGACCAAAGGGAAAUAUUAAAUCCUUGAAUGGUUUGAGAUUUAACCUAAAAAUGACCGCCCGAGCCGGUAUUUUCGAUUUGGAACGGGUUCUCAAAGUGUGAUGGCAGCAGUCCAGUGAAUUGCUGGCCUCUCCUUUUCCUUGCCGUUGGAUUUCUUGGGGAGUGCAUUGGUCUGUGGUUAUUUUGACAGAUUUUAUUGUCAUUCUCGUCAAUUACUUUUACUCUUUCUAUCUAUGGAGUGUACGUAAUCCGUCGUUGUACUGGGGUUUGUACACGGGGGCAAAAUGUGGGUAAAUAGGAAGGGGAUACCUAGACCCUAAGGAUUCUCUCAACCCAGUCCCCCAGCAGUCAGAGAAGGUGGCGGACCUCAUUGAGGCAAACCUGGGCCGUUGGCACUAAAAUGUCCUUAAGUAGUGGCACUGCAGGCGGGAAAGGUGUGGACUCGAAUGCGGUGGACACUUACGACAGCGGUGAUGAGUGGGACAUCGGUGUAGGAAAUCUGAUUAUCGACCUAGACGCUGACUUAGAAAAGGACAAACUUGAGAUGUCUGGAACCAAGGACGGCGGGGGUAUGACGGCUCCGCCCAGUGCUGUUGCAGCUUUGCCUGACAACAUCCGAUUUGUUAGUCCUGUACCUGGCCCUCAAGGCAAGGAGAGUAAAUCUAAAUCCAAACGCAGCAAAAACUCAAAAGACAAUACUAGCAAGGUCUCAGCUGGAGAUGGGGCCAAGAAAGAAGGGCAGACGCGAACCCAAGGGGAACCAACCAACACUGGUGCUACUGCAGGAGCCACUAGCAACAAUUCCACUACUGGCAAAGGAAUGGAGAAGGGUGGCAAAGUCUCUCGGAGCAGUGGUAAAAAAGACAAGGAAGGGGCAAGUGGGAAAAGUAAGAAGGAGAAAAGCGAGGGAGUGCCAGUGGUGGUAAUAGCUGCCACUGAAAAGGAGGUGGUUUCUCAAGUAGCUUUGGGGGUUAACCGUAGUGCCCCCUUUGAGAACACACAAUCUACAGACUUGGUAGGGGACGAUCAGCUGGGAAAUAUUGCACUUGAGUCUGUUGGGAUAGUUCCAGCAUUGACAAUUAAAACUGAACCGCAGGAGCUGGACAAUAUAGAAUGCAGAACAUUGAAGAAAGUGAAAAAUGAAAAGAUGGAAUCUCCUGUCUCCACACCGGCCCCUCCCCCCCUCCACAUCCUGGCCGCCGUGGGCGACAACAUCGCGUCCCCGUGCGAGCAGAUAAUGGUACGCACGCGCUCGGUGGCGUCCAACACAUCAGACGCGUCCCUGGCCACGGAGCCCGAUUGCCUUGGUCCCUGCGAGCCCGGGACUAGCGUCAACCUGGAGGGCAUUGUGUGGCAAGAGACCGAAGACGGCAUGCUGGUGGUGAAUGUGACCUGGAGGAACAAGAGCUACGUCGGUACCCUGUUGGACUGUACUCGACACGAUUGGGCACCUCCCAGGUUCUGUGAGUCUCCCACCAGUGACUUGGAGAUGAGGAAUGGCCGGGGCCGGGGAAAGAGGAUGAGGCCCAACAGCAACACACCCGUCAACGAGAACAGCAACUCGUCGGACAACAAGGGCAGCGGCACCAGCAAGACACGCGCCGCCAACAACAACAGUAAGGGCCGGCGGGGCAGCCAGACGUCGUCGGAGCGCCGCACGCCACCCAACAGCAACACAGAGGACGUCAAGGCCAGCCCCUCAUCGGCCAGCAAGCGCAAGUCCAAACCUGCCUCAGACAUGGAGCCCAACUCCAGCUCUGAGGACACCAAAGGCAACAAGCGCAUGCGCACCAACUCCAACAGCGGUGGAGGAGGGGCGCCUCCCCCUGUCCUUCCCCCCAUCCCCUCAAUUAAAACUGAGCCCCAGCCUCCGACGCUCGACCGCAACUGCCCCUCGCCGGUCCUCAUCGACUGCCCACACCCCGGGUGCAACAAGAAGUACAAGCACAUCAACGGCCUCAAGUACCACCAGGCACGCGCACACAACGACGACGACGACAUCAAGCUGGACCUGGAUGGGGACAGUGAGUACGGGGAGGACUCCACGCUUCAUCCUGAGCCGGGGAACUGCAACGGGGCCUCCAGUUCUCACAAAGGCUGCCUGUCUCCCGCACGGUCCGUCACCCCAAAAGGAAGGGGCUUUGACUGCCAGAGUCCGUCUCCUUCCCCUGGCAAGUUUGGUUCCAAACAGAGUAAAAAGAAAGGUGGUGACGCUGACCCUGAAGCAAGCGGCAUGCCGAUAGAAGGCUGUGACGACGGGCCCUGUCUCACCGACGAGGCCAGCAACGACGGCAUGGAAAAGUCCAAGUCCCACAAAAAGUCCAAGACCGACAAACUUUCUCAGAAGAACAUGAAGUCAUCGUCCCGGCCUGUACCACCAGGGAGCGUAGCUUCCCAGCAGCUCUACUCCCUACAGGCCGCCUCUUUCCCUGCAGGGGGGAACCCCAAUGCCUCCCUAGCGAUCCCCCCUAUGAUACAGGGCAUCCCCAAAAGCCCCCAGAUGAAGGGCGCCCAGCCCACCAAACCUCCCGCCGCGACGGGAGACCCUCCCGCGCUGAACCCUGCUUCCGGUGCCUCAAAAGAGAAGAAGAAGAAGGAGAAGAAGAAGAGAGACAGCAGGAAGGAGGCAGACAGUCCCAAGCCUCCGGGUAAAGGGGGGAAACCAGAAGAGGGCAAGAGCCCCUACUCUGAGUCCUCAGAGCCAGGAAAAGGUGACGGGCUACUUAACGGCUCCUCUGACCCUCACCAGAGCCGUCUUGCCAGCAUCAAGGCAGAGGCGGAUAAGAUCUACAGCUUCACCGACAACGCCCCCAGUCUGUCCAUAGGGGUGGCCAGCCGGAUAGAGGGCACGGGAAUGCCUCAGCCCCUCACGCCUCUCCACGUGGUCACCCAGAAUGGUGGCGGAGCCGACAACUCCUCGGUCAAGACCAACAGCCCGGCGUACUCGGACAUCUCGGACGCAGGGGAGGACGGCGAGGGCAGACUUGUGGAAGGGGUGAAGGUCAAGGUGGAGGACCAAGGCAUCAGAGAAGGAGCCAAGAAAGCCUUGUUCCCCAGCCAGACGCCCAACAAGGAGUCUCCGUACUAUGCCGGCUAUGAGGCCUACUACUCGCCCAACUACACCUGCCCCAGCCCCGGUGCCGCCAACCCGGGCAUGCCGCACACCGAAAGUCCGGCGGUGAAAGUGAAGCGUGAGGACGAACAGGAGAAUGUGGAAGACAAGGUCAAAGUGGAGCCUCACGAAGAUCGCAAACCCGAGAUGAACGCCUCCAGUCAACAACAACAACAACAUCAUCAUCAACAGCAGCAGCAGCAGCAGUCAGUCAUCCAACAGCGCUCCAACAUGUACAUGCAGCCUCUCUAUUACAACCAGUACUCCUACGUUCCCCCGUACGCCUACCACCCGGACCAGGCCUACCACAACCACCUGCUCAACACCAACCCGGCCUACCGGCACCAGUACGAGGAGCGCCAGCGCCAGGUGAUCUCUGAGCAGCACCGGGCGGCAGUGGCAGAGAAGAAGAGCUCUGACGCGGCGGCCAUGAAGGAACGCGAGGCCUCCAUGAAGGAGGAGUGGAAGCAGAAGGCCUUGGGGCCGCCCACUCUCUCCAAGGCCCCUGGCAAGACAGACAGCCUGGCCAACAAGACCCAACAGAACCAGGGUAAGACCAGAGACUCUCCAUCGGAGCCCUCCAAGGCCUCCGCCACAGGCCUGAAAGGAGAGGUAUCUAAGUCCCAGCAGGCCGAAGGACUGAAGAUGAAGCUGAGUGAAGGGGGGCACCAUGGGAAGGAGGACUCCAAGCCAAGCCUGGACUCCAGAGCGGGGAUAGAGCAAGCCAUGUGGUACAGACAGCAGACCCAGAUGGAGGACGAGCAGCAACAACCACCACCACCGCGGUGGAAAGACGAGCGAGACCGAGAGCGAGAGAGAGACCGCGACCGCAAAGGGAAGGACGACAGGCCCAACAGGCCCAAGGAGAGUGGCGGUCCCAAAGAGGAGGAUGGCGCUGGUCCGAAAGAGGGCCCAGACCCCAGAACGUCUUCUGCUGAGGACCAACGGGUCAUAGGCAAAGACCCUCGCGCCAAUGCCCACAUGCAGUUCUCCUCAGCCCUGGCGCAGCAUCAGGGCUACAUGCCCUAUAUGCAUGGUUACCCUUAUGGGCAGGGCUAUGACCCCAGCCACCCCGGGUACAGAGGCAUGCCCACGGUCAUGAUGCAGAAUUACCCAGGUUCCCCCUACCUGCCCGCGGGCUACCCGUUCUCCCCUUACGGUGGCAAGAUGGCCGGCGGUGAGGAGGAGGCGAGGGGAGGUGACAAGUCGCGCGCCAGCCCCACGGUGAGCGGCAAGGCAGCUUCGGUGGACUCCAAGGCCCUGGACAUCCUGCAGCAGCACGCCAGCCAGUACAAGAGCAAGUCCCCCACGGUGGGCGACAAGCCGUCCCAUGAGAGGGACAGGGGAGAGAGGAGCGGCGGGGAGAGGGACAUGGAGCGGCCACGCUCCUUGCCCUCCCAGCGCAUCAUGCCCUCCCAUCACCACCUGGGAUACCCGCUGCUCUCGGGCCAGUAUGAUCUGUCCUACACUACAGGUCUCUCGUCAUCAGCUAUUGUUGCCAGUCAGCAAGCCGCAGCUCCCUCCCUCUACCCCCCGGCGCGGAGAUGAAAACGGGAGCCGACACCUCGCCACCCUGCAAAGAUUCAUGUGACUGGCUCACAUGAGGAAGCCCUGGGCUCGGAGUCCAUUUUAGACAUCAGUUGAAUGGUGUUUCUAUAUUUUUAGUUCUCUGCCUGAAUGUCCGGCAGAUUCUUUUUUUCUUCUCCUAGCAGCAUCUUUUUCCCUCAUUUCCCUCCUGCCCCACCGUGGACUAGGACUGACCUCACCCAAGGUUCAAAGCCAUCACUGUCUGCCCAUGUGCACACCUCCGCUGAUAUCUAUUGGUCUUUGCACUGUUGAUGAACGAACACAUGCAAAAAUAGACCAACUGUGACUGUGACUGUGACUGCCUGAAAAGCUGAAAAGGGUUUCUGACUGCAUAGUCUUUUUUAGUCCCGUGCAGAACGGGGCUGGGGGGGUGAUGGGGGAGGGGUCAAACUAAAAUAAAGACUGACAAAACUAAACAAGUGAAUCAUGUUGAAAUGUUUGAACUUGCUGUUGUUGGCCUGUUGUGCGCAGUGUGCCAGUAUAUACUGACAAUGGUCAUUAGUAGGUUUACUGUGUGUGGUGAGAGGACGCUUGAGGAGAGAGGCUCAACCUCCUCAGACUUCUAUAGGUGUUGAAGGGUUUGUUUUCUCAUCCCUCAACCAGCCAUUUGCUCGCUAAACACCUCUUGGUUCACUUUUCAGGGAUAGACAUAAUUAUUGUGUGAAGGGAACACAUUCACCUCAAUACAGUUCAUGUUUUGUGUUUUCUUGACAUUUGCAUUGUUCAUUUCACUGCAUGAGUGACUUUUCUUUCAGUUAACUUGAUUCCUCCCCACUUCCCAAUCCAUCCUUUUAAUGUGUUUUUGAUACGCCAGUCAUACUUCACCCUUUCCGUACACUGAAUCAACCUAAUCACACAGAUACCGUGGCUCACUGAUCAAUAUUGCACUGACUGAUGGACAGUUGUAACCAUGGUUUCUGUUCAGAAGUGUAGAGCUGUUUGUUACCUCAGAACACUGGGGAUCAUUUACUGAAGAGGUCGGCCAUUUUCACCUGUCAGCAUACAGUACCUUACUGGUCCUUCAAUCGGCACAGCAAAUGGACCAGCUCGUUAUCCUGUCAAUUUCCAUGGAGGAAGAAUCAAACAACUGAUUGCAGAGGAUGCGGAAGGAUGCACAACGUAAAGUCAAGGCAGAACCAGGGAGGAGCGAUGCCCGGCUAGACAACACACAGCCAACCACGCACAUCUAGCUGCUAGCUCAGAGCGACCCCAUCCCGUCAGCAACACCGCUUCACUCCUAUAUAUCCUUGGCUUAGCAACCCUUCCCCUGUUACAGUAGUGCAGCACUGAGCCAAUGGGGGAGUCCCAGUAGAUUCAACCAAGCCUGGCCCAUGUUUGGCACUCCUUUCACUGGGUGGCCCUUCAGGUGACAACUGCCAGAGACUGUUACAAGAUCGCAUUACCGCUGGGCUCCCCUCAGUAGAGGGACAUCACCUGUCUUGACUCCCACUCACCUCAUUCAACCCCCUGUCGCUGCCACUCGCCUCAUUCAACCCCCUCUCUCUGCCACUCGCCUCAUUCAACCCCCUCUCUCCCACUCAGACCAGUGGGGCAGUAGGGGUUUUGGAGAUGAGGGGGGAGUGUAGUCUCUCAGACCAGUGGGGCAGUAGGGUUUUGGAGAUGAGGGGGGAGUGUAGUCUCUCAGACCAGUGGGGCAGUAGGGGUUUUGGAGAUGAGGGGGGAGUGUAGUCUCUCAGACCAGUGGGGCAGUAGGGGUUUUGGAGAUGAGGGGGGAGUGUAGUCUCUCAGACCAGUGGGGCAGUAGGGUUUUGGAGAUGAGGGGGGAGUGUAGUCUCUCAGACCAGUGGGGCAGUAGGGUUUUGGAGAUGAGGGGGGAGUGUAGUCUCUCAGACCAGUGGGGCAGUAGGGUUUUGGAGAUGAGGGGGGAGUGUAGUCUCUCAGACCAGUGGGGCAGUAGGGUUUUGGAGAUGAGGGGGGAGUGUAGUCUCUCAGACCAGUGGGGCAGUAGGGUUUUGGAGAUGAGGGGGGAGUGUAGUCUCUCAGACCAGUGGGGCAGUAGGGUUUUGGAGAUGAGGGGGGAGUGUAGUCUCUCAGACCAGUGGGGCAGUAGGGGGUUUGGAGAUGAGGGGGGAGUGUAGUCUCUCAGACCAGUGGGGCAGUAGGGUUUUGGAGAUGAGGGGGGAGUGUAGUCUCUCAGACCAGUGGGGCAGUAGGGUUUUGGAGAUGAGGGGGGAGUGUAGUCUCUCAGACCAGUGGGGCAGUAGGGUUUUGGAGAUGAGGGGGGAGUGUAGUCUCUCAGACCAGUGGGGCAGUAGGGGGUUUGGAGAUGAGGGGGGAGUGUAGUCUCUCAGACCAGUGGGGCAGUAGGGUUUUGGAGAUGAGGGGGGAGUGUAGUCUCUCAGACCAGUGGGGCAGUAGGGGUUUUGGAGAUGAGGGGGGAGUGUAGUCUCUCAGACCAGUGGGGCAGUAGGGUUUUGGAGAUGAGGGGGGAGUGUAGUCUCUCAGACCAGUGGGGCAGUAGGGUUUUGGAGAUGAGGGGGGAGUGUAGUCUCUCAGACCAGUGGGGCAGUAGGGUUUUGGAGAUGAGGGGGGAGUGUAGUCUCUCAGACCAGUGGGGCAGUAGGGUUUUGGAGAUGAGGGGGGAGUGUAGUCUCUCAGACCAGUGGGGCAGUAGGGUUUUGGAGAUGAGGGGGUGUUAAUCAAAGGUUAUUUAAAAACAGUCACAGUGAUCUUAGAUUUGUUCUUUGCCUGUUUAUUUAUUCAAGAACCCUUUUUGAAGAAGAUCUAGGGAUGUUGUCUGGAUUGAAGCAUGGAUGAACUCUUGAGUUGAGAAGCUUAAUUUAACCUUUGUGCCCAUUUAAGCAAGGAGCCAUGAAAUGAUGCCUCCGUAGUGGGAUACAGCACUUAAAACACAAUGUCCUCCCCUCCACUAAUGUAGGCCCUGCAAAAAGACUCCUUUCCUAUUCACACAAAGUAGUCGCUAUACAAUGUAUAGAAAAGGCUUCAUAUGGUGUGUGUGAGCUGGAGUCGUUGAGAGUGAAGCUAAACCAGUCAUUUAAAGUGAAAGAUGUAUAUUUAUUUUUUCUAUUUUCAGGGAGGGGUACUUGCGCUAUACAAACGAGGCUUGUUGACAGUCUGCCCUGUAAGAAACAAUGUGGAAUGUUCCAGAAGUCAACAUACUGCUGGCCAGAACAUUAUCACGAUUGUCAGGUAGCUUCUUUUUUAUUUCUGUUCAGUAUUGAAGUACACAUACACCUGGAAUUCACUAACUUGAACCUGCUAGCUUGGUGGUGUAACCCCUUGUAAAGGACUAGGACAGUUAACAUAUUAGUCUCAUUGUGUUGCUAGUUUCUUGUCCUAUAGGACUAGGACAGUUAACAUUUUAGUUUCUUGUCCACAAGUGUCAUGGUUCAUAAAUAGAAUGGUGUUGCGACCUGUAUAUCUGAAUGUGACAGUGUGUUGAGAUGUCCUGUACAACUAAUAUCUAAUAGAAAUUUAGACCGCUGUGACGUUGUAUGACGCAUCAGUGGAUUGUCAUUUCUACAUGUCCCAAGUAGGUGGAGUAAGAAUGGCGUUCCACUAUACUGGAGGAAGAGACUUGUGCAUUGCUCCAAAGGACAGGGAUUUAGACUUGGUUGAAUGAGAAUCGUAUUGCCUUGGGGGUAUUAUAAAGCCACACAAGCAAGUACUUUCUAUCCAGCAAAUUAAAGGAAAAAGCUCUUGAUUUUGUGUUAUUUUUGGAGGACAUCCUUUCUUUGUUAGCGACUCUUUGAUUGAGUUGUUUUUUUGUUCUCCAGAACGGCAGUUGCUUCAGUUGUCUCAAUUGGUGCUUAUGAAAACAUCCUUUAUCCCUUGGGAACAAAGACACUCUUUCUGACGUCUUAAAUUACCAGAUCAUGUCUCGUCUCCCUCACCUUCCUCACGGGCCCUCUCGUGUCACUCAAAACCCUCAAAGUAUCAGUCACUGGUACUUGCAAGGAUGUUUACAAUGGUUUUCAUUUCUAUGGUUGAGCCCUGUCUCCUGUGGUCUCACCCCUUCCCUCCCUCUUCUCCUUCAUCCUCCCCUUCAGGAGUUUAUGUAAAGUGUGCAUUACCACCACGGUUCUUUUUUUUAUACAAUACUGUAAACUUGCCUUUGUACAUUUGGGCGAAAAAUAAAUCUUUUUAUGAGA